GAAAAGGAUCAUCUCGACGGUACGUCUUUUAUGCACGUUCACAAUAUUCAAUAAUUGCCAAUCUAUUGCCUGUGUCUGAGUCUUUAAAUCGAGGUUAUUUCUAACACAAAUUUGAUUGGUAUUUGUGUGGUAUGGAAUACUGCAGAUUUUGCACCUGAAAUUGCUAUGGUAACAAAAUGUGGCGACCGUGAGCUCGAAGAGCCUGUGGCCAUUCGUCCUACAAGUGAAACUGCCAUGUACGCUAGUUUCAAGAAUUGGAUCCAGUCGCAUCGAGACCUCCCCUUGCGCCUGAAUCAAUGGUGCAGUGUUGUCAGAAUGGAAGUCCGUCAGACCAAUUUCUUCCUUCGUCACAGGGAGUUCCUUUGGCAGGAAGGACACACUGCCUUUGCAUCUGAAAUCGAAGCAACAACGGAAGUUAGGCAAAUUCUUGAGUUGUACGCUCGCAUCUACGAGGAGUUGAUGGCCGUUCCGGUUGUUCGUGGGACAAAGACAAAAGCGGAGACCUUUCCAGGAGCCGAAUACACGGAAACUGUAGAAGUUUUUAUUCCACCUACGGGACGUGCAUUGCAAGGAGCGACUUCCCAUCAUCUUGGUCAACGUUUCGCCAAAAUGUUUGGAAUCGAGUUCCAGGAUCCUAAGGAUCCAACAGGAAAAUCUAGAGAAUAUGCUUAUCAAAACUCCUGGGGUCUAUCGACGCGAUCCAUGGCGGCUCCUAUCAUGAUCCACGGAGACGACAGAGGUUUGGUCUUGCCUCCACGUAUUGCUGGAUUUCAAGUUGUCAUUGUGCCGGUAGGAAUCAAAAAGAGCAGUCCGGAUGAGCUGAAACAGGAAGUAACUCAAAAAUGCGAAGAGUAUCGCGAGAAACUAGCCGCCGCUGGUCUUCGUGUUAAGGUGGACCAGCGAGACAACUCUCCCGGUUGGAAGUUUAACUUCUGGGAAAUGAAAGGUGUUCCAGUUAGACUUGAGGUCGGACCCAAAGACAUUGAAAAGGGGUCGUUUAUUAUGGCAAAGCGAAAUGCUGCCGACCCAAAAACUGGCAAGGUCUUUGGAAGCGAUGCACAAGUCGUCGAGGAUGUUCAGAAUGUUUUGGAUGAAAUUCACAAUGAGCUCUUCGCGAAGGCUGUAGCCGAAAGAGACGAAUCUAUUGCUUCUGCGACGGAAUGGAAGGACUUCAACGUAUAUCUGAAUUCGGGCAAAAUGAUUCUCAUUCCUUUCUGUGGAGAUCCUGCAUGCGAGGAUAUGAUCAAGGCCAAAUCAAAGGACGAAGCAUCAGAAGCCGAGGUAAUGGGCGGAUUGAAAAUGGGAGCGAAGAGCCUAUGCGUCCCGAUGGAGGAUAAGUUCCAAAACGCCUGUCCUGAAACCUGUAUUAAUCCUAACUGUCCUAGCGGAGUUAAAGUGGAGAAAUGGACUCUAUUUGGCCGCAGCUACUAACAAUUGGAGACUACUGUAACAGCGCAGCACUUGUUCCUCUGGUUCGAGUUACGAGACUGUGCAUGAUAGAUUGAAAAUUUACCAAUUAUAUAAUCUUA